GCUGUGUCCAGGAGGAUUGAGCCUUUCUACAAAGGAGGGCGAAUCCAGUUCAGCCGAGAUGGGAAGUUCAUGUUCUGCCCCUGUGGGACCCGGCUGAACAUCAUCGAUGUGGAGACAGGAGCCCUGGAGAGCCUCCAGCAGGAUGAAGAGGAGGACAUCACUUCAUUUGUUCUGAGCCCCAAUGAUGAGAUGCUGGUGACGGGGAGCAGAGCCCUGCUGCUGAAGCAGUGGAGCUGGCAGGAGAAGAAGUGUGCCCGCACGUGGAGGGCCGUGCACGUGGCGCCCGUCGCCAGCAUGGCCUUUGAUGCCACCUCAACCCUCCUGGCCACAGGUGGCUGUGACAGCACCAUUAAGAUCUGGGACAUGGUCAAGCAGUACUGCACACACAACCUCAAGGGAUCCUCUGGAGUCGUGCACCUCGUGGAGUUCCACCCUGACCCCUCCUGCCUGCAGCUCUUCUCCUCCUCCAUGGACUACAGGGUGCGCGUGUGGGACCUGGGCUCUGGCCGCUGCCUGGCUGCCCUGGAGGGACACUUCAGUGCUGUCACCUCCCUGGCCUUCACAGACACACACACACUCCUCAGUUCUGGCCGUGAUAAAAUCUGCAUGGUGUGGGACCUGAAAACUGGAGAGAGUAAACGAACCGUCCCUGUCUAUGAGAGCGUGGAAGCUGCUGUCUUGUUACCUGAAAAGGGAGAUUUCUCUCAGCUGGGUGUGAAGAAACAAGGGCUGCACUUCAUCACAGCUGGCAGCAAAGGCAUCCUGAAGGUUUGGGAGGUUGCCACUGCUGCUUGUGUGUACAGCCAGCCCGUGCCCUUCGCGCUGCAGGAGGAGGCCAGCGAGCGCAGCCUCACCCAGUGCCUGCUCCUCCCCCAGAGGAAUGAGAUUGUCACAGUGUCUGUGGAGCACAACAUCGUUCUGUAUGAUGCCCAAACCCUUCAGCUCAAGAAGCAGCUUGCAGGUUACAAUGAUGAGGUUCUGGAUGUGAAGUUCCUGGGGCCUGGUGAUUCUCACAUCGUUGUGGCUACCAACAGCCCUCAGCUGAAGGUGUUUGAGCUGGCAACAUCUCACUGCCAGAUCCUCUAUGGCCACACAGAAACAGUUCUUGCUUUGGAUGUCUUCAGGAAAGGCCUGAUGUUCGUCAGCUGUGCCAAGGACAAAAGCCUCCGAGUCUGGCGGAUGAACAAGGAGGGGAGGGUGACCUGUGUUGCCCAAGGGCUGGGUCAUGCACAUGGUGUAGGUGCUGUCUCUUGCUCAAGACUGAAAGAAAGCUUCAUAGUAACCAGCAGCCAAGACUGCACGAUCAAGAUCUGGAACAUCCCUGACACCCUCACUUCCAAAGCAAAAGCAGCCUUGAUCUCCAGUCCUGAAACCCUUCAUGCAAGAGUGACUGAGAGGGGUCAUAACAAGGACGUGAACAGCGUGGCAGUGUCUCCAAAUGACAAGCUGAUAGCCACGGGCUCACAGGACAGGCUGGCCAAGCUCUGGUCCUCUGCUGAGUGCUCUUUGCUGGGCGUCUUCACUGGCCACAAGCGUGGAAUCUGGUGUGUGCAGUUCUCCCCUGUGGAUCAGGUCCUGGCCACCUCGUCAGCAGAUGGGACCCUGAAGCUUUGGGGUCUUCGGGACUUCAGCUGCCUGAAGACCUUUGAAGGUCACGAUGCCUCUGUGCUGAAGAUCAUUUUUGUGAGCCGAGGAACACAACUGCUCAGCAGUGGCUCUGAUGGUCUCCUGAAACUCUGGACAAUUAAAACAAACGAGUGCGUGAAGACGUUAGAUGGUCACGAAGAUAAAAUUUGGGGUCUUCACUCUAACAAGCAGGAUGACAUGGUUGUGACAGCAUCCAGUGACUCCUGCAUCACGCUGUGGAAGGAUGUCACUGAAAUUGAAGAGAAAGAGGCACAAGCUAAACAGGAGGAGCAGAUCAUCAAAGAACAAGAGCUUUCUAACCUGCUUCACGAGAAGAGAUACCUCAAAGCUUUGGGCUUGGCAAUCUCUCUGGAUCGCCCGCACACGGUGUUGAUGGUGGUCAAAGCCAUCCUCAAGGAGACUGAUGGGAGGAAGCACUUGGAGGAGAACAUCCUUCGGCUCCGGAAGGAUCAGAAAGAGGCAGUGCUGACCUUCCUGGUGACCUGGAACACGAACUCUCGGAACUGCCACGAGGCCCAGGCUGUCAUUGAGACCCUCCUGAAGCACGAAGCACCAGAGAGCCUCCUGCAGUACUCGGGCAUUAAACCUGCCGUGGAGUCCCUGCUGCCUUACACUG